AUGGCUGCCUCCGCUCGAGCUCUCCGCCAGGCAAGUGGAAUCUUGCUGCGAGAAUGCACCCCGAAGCCUCGUCUCUCCCCACGAGCUUUUUCGACUCGCGCCGCGACUCCGGCUGCUAGAGAACACCUUUUGACCCCUCGGGCGCCAACAUGGCAGCAGCUCCGCAAGUUUACCAGGUCCGCCAAACGGGGUGCGGCCGUCCAGACUCCUCCCCGCAAAGAGGCUUACUUUGAGAGCGGUGUGGUUGAGCACGGGAAAAACCUCGUCGAUGUCAAGAAGGUUUUGGUCAUUGGGAGUGGUGGCCUGAGCAUUGGACAGGCAGGAGAAUUCGACUACUCUGGAUCUCAAGCGUUAAAGGCACUUAAGGAGGCCGGAGUCGCGUCGGUCCUCAUCAACCCCAACAUUGCAACCAUCCAGACCGACCACAAGCUCGCGGACGAGGUCUACUACCUGCCCGUCACGCCCGAGUAUGUCACUUAUGUUAUCGAAAGAGAGAAGCCCGAUGGUAUUCUUCUCACAUUCGGUGGUCAGACCGGUCUCAAUUUGGGAGUCAAAAUGAACAAGAUGGGUAUCUUUGACCGGUACGGUGUCAAGGUCCUGGGCACGAGCAUCAAGACGCUGGAAACCAGUGAGGAUCGCGACCUUUUUGCCAAGGCACUCAACGAGAUCAAUAUUCCCAUUGCACAGUCGAUCGCCGUGAGCACCGUAGACGAGGCGCUUGACGCCGCGGAGCAGGUGGGAUAUCCUAUCAUCGUCCGGUCCGCCUAUGCUUUGGGAGGUUUGGGUUCCGGUUUCGCCAACAACCGUGAGGAACUGAACAACUUGGCUUCGCGGUCCCUUUCCCUUUCACCCCAGAUUCUCGUCGAGAAAUCUUUGAAGGGCUGGAAAGAGGUCGAGUACGAGGUCGUGCGCGAUGCCGAGGACAAUUGUAUUACAGUUUGUAAUAUGGAAAACUUUGAUCCGCUUGGAAUCCAUACCGGAGACAGUAUCGUUGUGGCGCCCAGUCAGACGCUGAGUGACGAGGAGUACCACAUGCUGCGCACCGCUGCCAUCAAAAUUGUUCGACAUCUUGGAGUUGUGGGCGAGUGCAAUGUCCAGUACGCUCUGCAGCCAGAUGGCCUUGAUUACCGUGUGAUCGAAGUCAACGCCCGUCUGUCUCGGUCGUCGGCUCUCGCAUCCAAGGCUACCGGUUACCCUCUCGCUUAUACUGCUGCAAAGAUUGGUCUGGGGCAUACUCUUCCCGAACUCCCGAAUGCUGUGACCAAGACGACCACGGCCAACUUCGAACCCAGUCUGGAUUACAUCGUGGUCAAAAUUCCUCGAUGGGACUUAUCCAAGUUCCAACAUGUCGAUCGUCAUAUUGGCAGUGCCAUGAAAUCCGUCGGCGAAGUCAUGGCAAUCGGGCGCACGUUCGAAGAAUCAUUCCAGAAGGCUAUCCGUCAGGUUGACCCACGGUAUGUUGGCUUCCAGGGCGACAAGUUUGAUGACUUGGACGACACCCUUCGCAACCCGACCGAUCGACGAUGGCUAGCUGUUGGUCAAGCGAUGAUCCACGAGAAUUACUCCGUUGAAAAGAUCCAUGAGUUGACCAAAAUCGACAAAUGGUUCCUCUACAAGUUGCAAAACUUGAAAGAGACCAUGGCAGAGAUCCAGGAUAUCGGUUCCUUGGAUGGCAUCAAACACGAGUUGAUGUUGAAGGCAAAGAAGCAGGGAUUCUCCGACAAGCAGAUUGCCAUGUACACGAACUCGACGGAAAAGGAGGUUCGCGCACGCCGACAGAAGUUUGGCAUCCGCCCUUGGGUGAAGAAGAUUGAUACGCUUGCUGCCGAAUUCCCUGCUGACACCAACUACCUGUACACGACUUAUAACGCCUCCUCCCACGACGUUACGUUCAAUGACAAUGGCACCAUUAUCCUUGGGUCUGGCGUGUACAGAAUUGGUUCCUCUGUCGAAUUCGACUGGUGCGCUGUGAACGCUACACUGACAUUGCGAAGCAUGGGCCAGAAGACUGUCAUGAUCAAUUAUAACCCGGAGACAUAUUCAACCGAUUUCGACACCGCCGAUAAGCUCUACUUUGAGGAGUUGUCCUACGAGCGAGUGAUGGAUAUCUACGAGCUUGAAGGUGCUACUGGUGUGGUUGUCAGUGUCGGAGGCCAACUUCCUCAAAACAUCGCACUCCGUUUGCAAGAAGAAGGCAAGGCGAACGUCCUCGGCACGAAUCCCGAAGAUAUUGACAAGGCCGAGGAUCGUCACAAGUUCUCCCAGAUUCUCGAUUCAAUCGGUGUGGAUCAGCCGGCAUGGAAAGAGCUGACUUCGGCUGCUGAGGCGGAAGCAUUUGCCGAUUCCGUGGGCUAUCCUGUGCUGGUUCGGCCGUCAUAUGUUCUUUCUGGAGCCGCCAUGUCCGUCAUCUACACCCACGAUGAAUUGAAGGACAAGCUUGAACACGCCUCAUCUGUGUCCCCUGACCACCCCGUUGUCAUCACGAAGUUCAUCGAAGGAGCCGAAGAAAUUGACGUCGACGCGGUCGCGUCACAAGGAGAAUUGAUCUUGCACGCUGUAUCUGAACAUGUGGAGCCUGCAGGCGUUCACUCAGGUGAUGCCACUCUGGUUCUCCCCCCUGUCAACCUCAGCGAGAGCAUGAUGGCCCGAAUCAAGGAGAUUGCGCAGAAAGUGGCCAAAGCAUGGAAUAUCACGGGACCCUUCAACAUGCAGAUCAUCAAGGCGGAUGCGCCAGGUCAGGAACCUGCUCUGAAGGUGAUCGAAUGCAACCUACGUGCCUCCCGGUCUUUCCCAUUCGUUAGCAAGGUCCUCGGAACCAACUUCAUUGACACGGCUACCAAGGCAUUGGUAGGCAAGGAGGUGCCUCAACCUCAAGACCUCAUGGCCGAGAAGCGGGACUACCUGGCGACAAAGGUUCCGCAAUUCUCUUGGACCCGUUUGGCCGGCGCAGACCCUUUCUUGGGAGUUGAGAUGAGCAGUACCGGAGAGAUUGCAUGCUUUGGCAGAGAUCUAAUCGAGGCGUACUGGACCUCGCUUCAGUCGACCAUGAACUUCCGAGUGCCUGAACCUGGCGAGGGUAUUCUUUUGGGUGGAUCCACCGAGUUGCCCGAGCUGCCGAAGAUUGUCGAGUACCUCAAGCCCCUCGGGUAUAAGUUCUACGCCGCAAGCGAGUCUGUGAAGAAACAUCUGGAGAAAUCCGGCGCGUCCAUCGAAGUGAUUGAGUUCCCCAAGACCGACAAGAACGAGCUUCGGAAGGUGUUUGAGAAGUACGAUAUUAAGGGGGUGUUCAACCUUGCAAAGACUCGCGGAAAGACAUUGUUGGAUGAGGAUUAUGUGAUGAGAAGGAACGCUGUCGACUUUGGAGUGCCUUUGUUCAUGGAGCGCAAGACUGCUUUGCUGUUUGCCCAAUGCAUGAACGAGAAAUUGCCCCGCAAGGAAGGCAUUCCUCCCGAGGUCAAGAGCUGGAGCGAAUUUACCGGCCACAAGAUGAUGUGA